AUGGCUGGAGGAAAGUAUCACUUUCAGCUUACGACCUUCAUCACAACCGAAUUCAACGUGGAUCUCCUUCUGCACGUUCUCUCGUACACCGUCCCGUGGCUGUCGUAUCUUUUAAAGUAUAACAUGCAUUGCUUAAACAUACAUAAGAUGCGAGACGUCAUGGAACGCCUGCGAAGCGACUGGGACGAGUUGAAUAACGCGCAGGAAAUCGAGAUAAUAAAAAAAUACUCGGCCCUCGGGAAAGUCAUCGCUAUAUUUACCACUUUGUUCCUUUAUAUUUCCGCGUGUGGCUUCAUCUUCAUACAAGUUCUGUCGAAUUACUUUCUCGACUGGACGUCGUCGGCGAACGAAUCCCGUCCGUGGCAGCUUCCGGUCGUGGUCGAGUACUUUGUGGAUCAGCAGAAGUAUUACGUUCCGAUUUUGUCGCACAUCUUUUUCGUGACUCUCGUCGCAGUUACUGUGGUGGCUGGCACCGAGACGCUUAAUAUGACUCUCGCGCAUCAUGUGUGCGCACUGUUCGAAAUAGCCAAGUUUAUCGAUAUAUCGGAGGCGGCUUUCAGAUGGUCGUACAACGUGCUGUUGCCGUUAGCGGUGACGUCGCUGAGCAUCAAUCUCUAUCGUUUAUCUUAUCUGAUUAUGAUGGAAGAUUAUUACGAGAUGAUCAUCAGUUUCAUCUUCGUUCUCAGUCACUUCUGGUACAUGGGUUUUUGCAACUACGCGGCGCAGGAAAUAAGCGAUCAUAGCGGCGAAAUCUUUUACAGAACAUACAACGCGCAGUGGUACACGGCUUCGCUGAGAGCGCAGAAAUUGUUGUUGUUCGUGAUGCAGAGAGGAAUGAAAUACAAUGUCACCGUCAUUUGUGGUUUGUUCGUCGGAUCGUUAGAAGGAUUCGCCACGCUCAUAAGCACGUCGGUCUCGUACUUCAUGAUGAUUCUUUCUCUGCAGGAUCGUUGA